AUGCAGUCAACAUCCAGACUUAUGCACGGCAUGGAGAAAUUUGCUGUCUGGCAUCUUUAUCAUGCCAAUGAUUCUAAUGCUCUACGAGAAUUUCUGUACACACAUCAAGCCAAGGAGAAUAGUAUCACAGUUGAGGAUGCCAAACGCAGGAGGAAUGAUCCAAUCCACAUUUCAAGCACCUUUUUAGAUCCUGAUAUGAGGCAUUCAUUGAGGGAGAAACAUGGUGUGAAGGGCUGGGAGGUCAAGCAGGGCCCUGGUGAAGCUGUGUUCAUCCCGGCCCUUACUGCACAUCAGGUCUGCAACUUGGCCAAUUGCAUCAUAGUGGCCAUUCGAUUCUGGGCACGAACCACAACAAUGGGCAGCAGCAACCACCUCGAGCCCAGCGGGAAGAGCCACUCGACCAAGAACCGGGUCUCGAUCCAUCUGCCCAGCUCGAAGCAGACCGGCACCCCGACGGCAGCCACCGCCGGCUCGGCCUCCGCCCACCGCGCCUCACUCUCCUCCACUCCCAUCCCCACCCCUCACCACCGGAACCCCGUAUUCGCUCAGCAUACCCCCUCGGGAUCGACGAAUCUGCCCUCCUCGACCACCAGGUUCGGUGGGCUGUCUGCCAAGCAAAUCUCUUCCGCUAUCGCUAGUGUCCGCGAUCAUUCAAGACCACAGUCGAGAGCCAACGUUAACCCCCGAUCAGAGAGACUUAAACAUAAAUCCAGUCUUAAACACCACCAAACGGUUUCCAAGCCAUCCUCGUUUUCGCACGCGCCGCUGAACUCAAGAUUACCAGCGCUGACGCCACGAAAAGCGAGCCACCGGACGAGCCAGCAACCAGUCCGACAGACGAGCGAUGAUGAGGGCGCGAAAUCAGAAGCGUCAGAGGAGGAGGAGGAAGAGUCGAUGGACGCGGACCAAACGGGCGAGUUCUUGAAUAAGCUGCGACUUGGCGACUCACACCACCGUCCUCAGCGGUCAUCCAAGCCCAAGAACCAGACCAGACAGAAGGAAAACCUCAGACAAAUCUUGGAUCAUAUCCCCUCAACCUCCAAUAAUCUUGAUGAGCUUCAACAUCCCUCGGGGAUCGAGUAUCAGGAACUCGUCAUCAUCGAAGACCUCUUCUUCAUUCUCCUCGGUAUUGAAGGCACAUUCAUCGAGUACCACGAAAACUUCUCCCCCGACGACCCUUUCGAAAGACUCCAGGGCGCGCGAUUCUCUAUUGAUAAAGAUCUGGAUCCAUCGUUACGAGAGAUAGUCGAAAGGAUCCUGCCAUUGGCGACAUACUACACCUCGAUCGAUGCCUUUGUUGCAGCUCAUAGUCACCUAGAUUGCGGGCUCGUUAAUCACGCGUUGUGUGCAUCGAUUCGAGACAUUUUGAAGGAUUACAUGACGUUGGUCGUUCAAUUGGAAGAUCAAUUCAACCGAUCGGCCGACUUUACCCUCCAGCGCUUUUGGUUCUACGUCCUCGAUAUGUUACACACCCUUAAGCUAUUGUACUCAUUUACGACCGAGCUAGUUUGCCUAUAUUCUCCCGAUCUGUUAUCGUCUUCAUCAGAUGGUGCUGGUGGGGACGGGGACGGAACGGAGGAGGACGAGUGGGAGCAGGAUCCGGGAUUGAAAGCGGUGUUGAAGGAGUACGACCCGGAUCGGCGGCGGAAGACGACGCGGGCGCGAAGGGUGGGCCAGAGCAGUGGGGGAGGCGGCACGAGUUGUGGGGUGGCCGAAGGGGCGAUGGUGAAGGGAGGGGAGGUGCUAGCGAUCCUGGAGGAGCGAGUGAUGGGCUCAUUGGGCGACCCGAUAGCACUGAAACUUUACUCGGACCUACUGCUGAAGGCUUCCCAGCCGUACUGCAAGAUGCUCAUCCAAUGGGUCGCCAAGGGCAUCCUGGACGACCCCUACGACGAGUUCAUCAUCAAGGAGAGCAAGUCGAUCACCCGCGGUACGCUCGAUGAGGACUUCACCGACGAGUAUUGGGAGCGCAAGUAUGUCCUACGUAACCGGGCAUCUGCCGUCGGGGCGGGAGGGGCCGACGGCCCUCCUACGACCAGCCAUGGGGGCACCGACGGUACCCAGGGCCACGAAGGACGAUGGUCACAGGCGGGAAAGGCCUCGUGGCGGCGGGAGAAGGGCGUCUGGGGCGGCGCGGUGCUGCCUCGUUUCCUGGAAGUGUGGGAGGUGAAAAUCCUGCUGGCGGGCAAGUAUGUCAACGUAAUCCGGGAGUGCGGGGUGAAGGGACGGACGGACGAGUUUGAGGUCGAUCUCGAUCAAGCCCCCGACACGGAAGGCUCGGCCGGCCUGAUCAAGAUGAACGACGACUGGUUCUACGGGCUGAUCGACCGGGCUUAUGUUUCGGCGAAUCGGUCACUACUCGAGCUGCUGAUGAGAUCGGAAGACUUACUGGGUCGACUGCGCUCGCUCAAGCAUCACUUCUUCCUUUCUCAGGGGGACAGCUUCACCACCUUCCUCGACUCGGCCUCCUACGAACUGGGCAAGAAACUCAGACACGUCAAUGUCUCCCGGCUCCAAAACCAGUUUGAUCUGGCCAUCCGUAACCCGAGUAGUUCGAGCUCAAGCGACCCUUACAAGGAGGACGUCAAGGUGACCAUGGCUACCACCAGCUUGACCGAUUGGCUCCUCCGCAUCGUCGGCGUCACCGGUCUCAUAGGCGCCAACUUCGGCAAUGGCGGCUUAUAUGGCAGCGGGAGCGCCGGGAGUGGCAUCGGCGGCGGCGGUGGGGACGGCGUUGGAGGGAGCGUGGAGAAUGCGGAGGCGUUGGAUACCAUCGGUACUGGAUUGGCUGAGCUCGCCGCUGGCGAGGGCGGAGGAGGUAGCUCGACUGGAGGAGGAGAAACUAAAAAAGAAGGCUUGAAUGGAAUCGAUGCCUUGCAAUUGGACUAUACGGUGCGGUUCCCGCUCUCGUUGGUGAUCUCACGGAAGACAAUCUUGCGUUACCAAUUGAUCUUCAGGUAUCUACUCCACCUCAAGCACCUUGAGCAAUCCCUCACGAUCUCCUGGACUGAGCACAUCAAAUCUACAGCCUGGAAAUCCUCCUCAAAAGUCCACCCUCGACUGGAGUCCUGGAAACGCCGGAUCUUUAACCUGCGGGCUAAGAUGCUCAGCUUUGUCCAGUCCCUUUAUAACUUCAUCUGCUUCGAGGUGCUCGAGAAAAACUAUCGCAAGUUAGAAUUCAGACUCGCUAAUAAGGUGGACACCGUCGACGGCCUCUUGAGAGAGCACCGGGACUUUUUGGAUACCUGUUUGAAGGAAUGCAUGUUGACGAAUUCGAAAUUGUUAAAGAUCCAUCAAAAGUUGACGACCGCAUGUUCCAUGUUUGCCUCCUACACCUCCCACUUCACAAAGUCCGCCCACAGCUUCAACCUAGCCUUCCAAGACGGAAGCAUCUUCAACGAGGGCAAUUCACGGGGCCGGUCCGGCCGAGACAGUAGACAACAUAACGAUGAUGACAAUGAUAAUGCAGACGACGACGACGACGAUGACGACGACGACGAGAAUGACCAGAAGAGGAAGAGGAAGAAGAAAGCGGCGGCGGCGGCAGCUCAGUCUUCCAGGACGGGCAAACCCUCUAAUCAGGAAAUCUACGAUAAGUUCCUCCUCGCCGAAAACGCUCUCAAGAAGUUCGAACAGAACUUUAACCAUCAUUCUCAAGUUCAUGUCGACAUGGUCACCUAUUUCGCCUCCUCUGAAAACAUAGCCUUAUUGGCGUUGGCCGUCCGAUUGACAACCGUCAAAGCUUUACCGGGCUCCUAA